UACGGCACCGCUUACUGUCUCUGUCGCGAAGGUCUCUCUGACUCCGCAACUCCGUCUUUGUCUCGCUGAUCUCUCAUCUGCGAAGUGCGAAUUCAAAGUCGAAAAGGCCGCAGGCGAACACUGCUCAGUGCUCGCUAAUUCACUCGGUCUCUCUCGUCUCCGUCUCUCGUCUCGACUUCGUCUCUUCACUUACGGUUCAUGAGGGCGUUGAUGUAGCAUGGCAUUUCAGGCAUGAAUACUUAUUUGGCUCUGUUGGUGAUGAUCAAUACUUGCUUAUAUGGGAUCUUCAGACUCCAUCAAUCGGCAAGCCUGUCCAAUCUGUUCUUGCUCAUCAAAGUCAGGUACAUAUUAAGGGCUCUUUUUAUGCUUUGGCAGAUUUGUCGUUUUUUACAAAUAUUUCAGACCAAUAUAUUUGUGUUGGCUUUUCAUGUGCACUCUUUUUAUGUUAGGAUAAUGUUAUGGCUUCUUGAGAAUGACAGUCCUUAAGUGAAAAUCAAUGUGAAAAAUCAGGGGAUGUUUUUGAAAUUAGCAUAGUCUGUGUUGAUAUGAUUAUUUACAUGGAUUGAUACUUGGCAGUGGCAGUUGAAAUAACUGAUCCUUUGGUAAUUUAAAAUUGUUUAGUAUGACCAAAUGUGGGAGAGGAAUAGGAAAACAACUUAUGAAACCCAAAAGAUAAUUCAGUUUAUGCUGCCUAAUUUGGUCAAGACUUACUUAUGGCUAUAAAUAUAUAUUCCUUGCAUAUAUAUAAACAUAUUUCUUACAUUCAACUGUGCUUAAGAUAGUGUCAUGCAGUAUAUCAUUCAUCUUACCAGUUAAGAACGUCUCAUUUUAAUUUCACUUUGCUUGUGCAUUUCUUAAUGUCUUACCAAUAGUUUUUAUUAAAUUGAGCCUAUUUUGUCCUACAGAAAACCUUAAGGAGAAAUUACAGUUUUAUCCCUAAAUAUGCAAUUUUUUUUUUAAUUACCAUUAUUGACGAUUUGUAUGUGAUUCAUGAACUUAGCUGCAUUUUGUAACAGAACUCCUGAGUAGUUUACUUGCUGAUUAUUAGGACUUUCUGGAUGAUGAUUGAUGUCUUUUUUUUCUUUACCAUGUGAAAGUGAUGUGAUGCUUGUAUGUGCCUAUAAUGAUAUGAAUAGUGUAAUUGCUAAAGAUGCAUUUUGUCUCUUAUCUGAUAGUGGGCUAGCUGUGUAAGGGAAGUCAGUAUUAUGACAUUGUUGACAUGAUGAACUGAAUAAUUGGUUCUUGUAAAAAAAGACAACUAGUGAAAUGCAUGAUUUUCUAGCCAAUAAGCAUUUGAUUCUCGUGGUUCUUAAUUUUGUGUCUUGUCAUUUUGCUGUUGGACGGAAACUGGCCAAACCUGUGCAUGAUAACCCGGCCCGAUCAUAUGCUGGGUUAUCCCUGGUUGGAUGGGGGCAGUGGGUUCAAAUUCUGAACCCAGAGGAUGUCCAGUCAGAGGCACUUUUGACCAUUUUGGAGCCUGAAAACCCUUUGUCAGAGAAGAGUUUGUCCCUUUCCAUCUGCGUGACUUCCUGUCCAUUCUACUAUUGAAGGGGAGAUGGGAAUUUAUUAUGCACUGUGUCAUCCUCUAUUCUACUGUUCAGUAACAAAUAAUGGUUGGUAUGACUUGGGCUCAGGGUGUUCUUUUGAGAAUAUUGAUGACAGCCAUGAAUGCUUGAAUGCAAAAGUUGUGCAGAAUGGAGGAUGAUUUUGAUACCGGGAAAAUCAGAAACAUAUGUAUAUUGGCACAUGUUGAUCAUGGAAAGACUACACUGGCUGAUCAUUUGAUUGCUGCUUCAGGGGGUGGCCUACUUCAUCCAAAAUUGGCUGGACGAAUUAGGUUCAUGGACUAUCUUGAUGAGGAACAAAGGAGGGCCAUCACCAUGAAGAGCUCUUCCAUUGCUCUUCAUUAUAAAGACUACUCUAUUAACCUCAUAGAUUCCCCUGGUCAUAUGGACUUUUGUAGUGAGGUGUCCACAGCUGCUAGAUUAAGUGAUGGUGCAUUAAUUUUGGUUGAUGCUGUUGAAGGCGUGCAUAUUCAAACCCACGCUGUGUUGCGGCAGUGUUGGAUUGAGAAGCUCUCACCAUGCUUGGUUCUUAACAAGAUUGAUAGGUUGAUUAGUGAAUUGAAGUUAAGUCCCAUGGAAGCCUAUAUUCGGUUAUUACGGAUUGUGCAUGAGGUCAAUGGGAUAAUUAGUACAUAUAAGUCUGAGAAAUAUUUGUCAGAUGUAGAUUCCAUACUUGCAGGACCUUCAGGCGAUGUGACUGUUGAUGAAAACAUUGACCUCAUAGAAGAUGACGAUGAAGAUAUGUUUCAACCGCAGAAAGGGAAUGUGGGAUUUGUGUGCGCACUAGAUGGUUGGGGAUUCAGAGUUCAUGAGUUUGCUGAAUUUUAUGCUUCAAAAUUGGGGGCUAGUGUUACCGCAUUGCAAAAAGCCUUGUGGGGUCCUCGGUAUUUCAAUUCCAAAACUAAAAUGAUUGUUGGUAAGAAAGGUGUAGGUGGGGGAAGUAAGGCGAGGCCAAUGUUUGUCCAAUUUGUUCUUGAACCACUAUGGCAGGUAUACCAGGGAGCUCUAGAGGGUGAUGGUGACAAAGGAAUGCUUGAGAAAGUCAUUAAGUCAUUCAAUUUGUCUAUACCAUCUCGUGAAUUGCAAAAUAAAGACCCUAAGCUUGUGCUUCAAGCUGUUAUGAGUCGGUGGCUUCCUCUUUCAGAUACAAUCUUAUCAAUGGUGGUAAAGUGUAUGCCAGAUCCAGCAUCUGCCCAGUCGUUUCGUAUCUCACGUCUUCUCCCAAAGAGAGAGGUUCUUGAUAAUGGGGUUGAUCAGAAUGUGCUUGCUGAGGCAGAGCUUGUUAGAAAAUCAGUGGAGGAAUGUGAUUGGAAACCUGAAGCUCCAUGUGUUGCUUUUGUCUCGAAAAUGUUUGCCGUGCCAAUUAAAAUGCUUCCUGAUAGGGGUUCAUACACGGAGGUCGUGAACUAUUCUGGUGAUGGAGAGGGUGAAUCUGAUGAGUGUUUCUUGGCAUUUGCUAGGAUAUUUAGUGGAACUUUGUCUGCAAGACAGAAAGUUUUUGUCCUUUCAGCUUUGUAUGAUCCGCUAAAAGGGGAACAAAUGCAAAAGCAUGUUCAAGAGGCUGAACUACAAUCUUUGUAUCUAAUGAUGGGCCAAGGCUUGAAAGUAGUGACGUCUGCUAAAGCAGGAAAUAUUGUUGCUAUUCGAGGCCUUGGCCAACAUAUCCUGAAAAGUGCUACGCUCUCAUCUAGCAAGAAUUGUUGGCCUUUCUCUGGCAUGGCUUUCCAGGUUGCCCCAACUUUAAGAGUUGCAAUUGAGCCAUCUGACCCUGCGGAAAUCAGUGCAUUAUUGAAAGGCUUGAGGCUUCUAAAUAGAGCAGACCCAUUUGUUGAGGUCACUGUAUCUGCAAGAGGGGAACAUGUCUUAGCUGCAGCAGGAGAAGUUCAUCUUGAAAGAUGUGUAAAAGAUUUAAAGGAAAGAUUUGCUAAGGUAAGCUUAGAAGUCUCUCCACCUCUUGUGUCUUACAAAGAGACCAUUGAAGGAGAAGUGUCUAGCAUGCUUGAAAAUUUGAAAGCUCUUAGUAAGAACUCAGAUUAUGUUGAAAAAACAACACCAAAUGGUAGAUGUGUUGUACGUGUGCAUGUGAUGAAACUUCCAUCUUCUCUAACAAAGGUACUUGAUGAUAGUUCUGAUGUAUUGGGGGAUGUCAUUGGAAUAAAGUCUGGCCAUCCUGUUAAAAAUUUGGAUUCUCAGAGGUCAGGUAUUCAUGAAAUUGAUAAUCCAACUGCACUGCUAAAAAAACGCAUAAUGGAUGCUUUGGAGAGUGAAAUUUUGAGCAAGAAUGAGAAUGACGAGGAUUAUGUUGACAAAUGCAAGACAAAGUGGUUAAAACUUUUGAGAAGGAUAUGGGCACUUGGACCUAGGCAAAUUGGUCCCAACAUUCUCUUCACUCCUGACGUCAAAGCUGAGAGUAGUGACGGCUCUAUUCUAAUAAGUGGUGAUUGUCAUGUGUCUGAAAGAGUGGGUUUUGCUGAUGAUUCUAGUACUUCUAAUGCAGAGGCUGAGACACCCUCAAAUGUGAAUGAAGCAUUAGACAUGGAGGCUAAGCGUCUUGAGAGUAGUGUCAUAUCUGGAUUCCAACUGGCCACUGCAGCUGGACCCUUAUGUGAUGAACCUAUGUGGGGUUUGGCAUUUGUCAUUGAGGCAUACAUUUAUCCCCAUUUAGGGCAGAAUGAUGAACCUGAAGCACACCAACAAUCUGAGCAAUAUGGCAUAUUUGCUGGACAAAUAAUCACAACUGUGAAAGAUGCUUGUAGAGCAGCUGUGCUUCAGAAUAGGCCACGGCUUGUGGAAGCAAUGUACUUUUGUGAGUUGAAUACCCCUACUGAAUAUUUGGGUCCCAUGUAUGCUGUACUUGCCCGAAGACGGGCCAGAGUUCUAAAGGAAGAGAUGCAGGAAGGUUCCCCUUUCUUCACUGUGCAUGCAUAUUUGCCUGUUUCCGAAAGUUUCGGUUUUGCUGAUGAGCUUAGGAGGUGGACUUCUGGAGCUGCUAGUGUGCUUCUUGUACUCAGUCACUGGGAAGCACUUAAUGAGGACCCUUUCUUUGUACCUAAAACUGAAGAGGAAAUAGAAGAGUUUGGAGACGGCUCCAGCGUGCUUCCUAAUACAGCAAGAAAGUUAGUUAAUGCAGUCAGACGCCGUAAGGGCCUUCAUGUGGAGGAAAAAAUAGUACAGCAUGGAACAAAGCAGAGGACACGAGCUCGUAAGGUCUGAUGUUCUUGGUUUUUUGUUGGGUCAUCGACUGUUGAAAAAAGAAUUGCUAGACAUUGUAUGAGAUCUUCUACAAUUGUAACAUUUUGUACAAUGUACCAUUAGGGGCAAGUUUUGGUUGAGUUUGAUUUAUACUGCCUCAUUACAAUUUUGUCAAUUACAAUUAGUUUCAUGAUGACAGGAUGUUGUACACAUAACUUCAAUAAUGAUUAAUAUAUAUUUUUUCCCCGGCGAAA